AUGACAGAAGAACUGACAGCCACUGAGGCUGUUCCCCAAUUUGGCUUCAAGAAGCGCUCAAAUAAGGCCAAAGCCAGCUUUCGCAAGAAGCCCGCCACGCCACCUCCGGCCUCCGACUCCGAUUUCACCUCUUCCGAUGACGAAGAAGGCCGGCGCAUUAAGAGACGGCGCAAGAAUGUCGCAGUGACUGCCUCGUCCGCGACUAAUGUCUCCCGAAAGGAGUCCUCCACCGAACAGCCCUCUGCCGGUCCCGCUCCAUUGACAUCGAGCAACGACGCAACCAAGAGCGCUAACUGGUAUGAUGAAGAGUUGAGCGCCAAGAAUCUACUCGGCUCGACGCGAGCGCGCCCACAGGAGUCUGCUGGACCAGACGGCACGUACAAGGGUGCCGCCAAUUACACCUCUUUCAUCCAGAAGAACCCAGAUGCGCCGAACAAACAGUUCGGCCCGAUAAAAGCGCCUACAAACGUGCGCACGGUGACCGUCAUGGAUUUCGCACCCGAUGUGUGUAAGGACUAUAAGCAGACAGGAUUCUGUGGUUUCGGUGAUUCCUGCAAGUUCCUUCACGCUCGAGAAGACUAUAAGCAAGGCUGGGAACUUGAUCGGGACUGGGAGAUUGGUACCAACGGCAAGAAGUUGACUGGGCGUGUCGUGUCACAACGCAAAGGUGCCGGCAUGGCCGAUGAGGAAGAGGACGACGACGACGACGAAUUACUGGAAAGCAUCCCCUUUGCAUGCAUCAUCUGCAAAAAACCCUACACAAACCCUAUCUUGACCAAGUGCGGUCACUAUUUCUGCGAGUCCUGCGCUUUGAAUCGCUAUCGGAAGAAUCCGUCUUGUGCGGCCUGUGGCGCGGGAACUGGGGGUGUGUUCAAUGUUGCGAAGAAGCUUACUGCCUUGCUGGACAAGAAGCGGGAGCGAGCUCGCAAACAACGCGAGGAGGCACUUGCCAAUGGGGAAGAAGUCAGUGACGAAGAGGAGGAAGAUAGCGAUUAA